AUGGCUGAUCUCAAGCCCAAAUCCGAUAUUUCGUUCGUCGAAAUCUUCCUGUGCAGUGCUUUCGCUGCUUGUUUUGCUGAGUUCUGCACCAUUCCUUUAGACACUGCUAAAGUUAGGCUUCAGCUCCAAAGAAAAAUUGUUCCAGCUGAAGGAGUGAGUUUGCCAAAAUAUAAGGGUUUGUUAGGUACUGUGGCUACUGUUGCUCGGGAAGAAGGUUUGGCAUCACUCUGGAAAGGCAUUACUGCAGGAUUACAUCGCCAGUUUAUUUAUGGUGGCUUAAGAAUAGGGUUAUAUGAACCAGUUAAAACAUUUUUGACUGGCAGUGAUUUUGUUGGAGAAGUUCCUUUGUUCCAUAAAAUAAUUGCAGCUUUGUUAACAGGUGCUCUAGCAAUUGUAGUUGCUAAUCCAACUGAUCUUGUUAAAGUUCGGCUUCAAGCCGAAGGGAAACUGCCAGCUGGGGUUCCUGGGCGAUAUGCUGGAGCUUUGGAUGCUUAUCUUACCAUAGUGAGACAGGAAGGACUGAGGGCCUUGUGGACUGGACUUGGGCCAAAUAUAGCAAGGAAUGCUAUUAUAAAUGCUGCUGAACUAGCCAGUUAUGAUCAAGUGAAACAGACAAUUUUGCAAAUUCCGGGGUUCGUGGACAAUGUUUUUACUCAUGUCCUAGCUGGUCUCGGUGCAGGUUUUUUUGCAGUGUGUAUUGGUUCUCCCAUCGAUGUAGUAAAAUCUAGAAUGAUGGGAGACUCAUCCUACAAAAAUACUCUUGACUGUUUUCUCAAGACACUGAAGAAUGAGGGAUUUUCUGCAUUUUACAAGGGCUUUCUCCCAAAUUUUGGUCGGCUGGGAUCUUGGAAUGUUAUAAUGUUUUUGACUCUCGAGCAAGUCAAGAAAAUAGUCACAGGGCAAGCAUACUAUGACUAA